GAAGGCCCACCAACCAGGCUAUGUGCGGCACACAGUUUGAAUGUUCGAUCGUCGUCGUAAAUCACUCCACGGCAUUUAUCCUCCAUAUCCAGCCAAAUCCAAACCACACAAAACCAUAAAUUAGCAUGCCCUUUACCCUCUCAAGAGCGCUCUUGUUCCUGCACCCGAAGCCCCUCGCACCAACGAUGGCUCACAAUGCGAGCUCUUUUACCCCAAAAACACGCCUCAGGGGCGUCGUCUUCGACAUGGACGGAACCCUAACGGUCCCCGUGAUCGACUUCGGCGCAAUGUACAACGCCGUUCUUGGAGAAAAGGAGUACCGGAGAGUUAAGGCGGAGAGUCCCUCGGGUAUUGAUAUUUUGCACCACAUUGAGAAUUGGAGCCCCGAUAAGCAGCAAAAGGCGUACGAGAUCAUCUUGGAUUACGAACGUCAGGGCCUAGAACGCCUCCAGAUCAUGCCUGGUGCUGCAGAACUUUGUGGUCUUCUGGAUUCAAAGAAAAUUAGAAGGGGGUUAAUAACCCGCAAUGUCAAGGAAGCUGUUGAUCUGUUCCAUGUACGAUUUGGUAUGUCAUUUUUUCCAGCAUUAAGCAGGGAGUUUCGUCCUUAUAAACCAGACCCAGCUCCACUGCUGCAUAUCUGUUCAACUUGGAAUGUUCAGCCAAGCGAAGUCAUGAUGGUUGGUGAUAGCCUUAAAGAUGAUGUGGCUUGUGGGAAACAAGCAGGAGCAUUCACAUGUCUGCUUGAUGAAAAAGGGAGGUAUGGCUCUUCUGAUUUUGCGAAAUCAGAUCUACAGCCAGAUUUCAAGGUGGCUUCUCUGAGUGAAGUUUAUUCACUAUUGGAAGAAAAGUUCGAUUUGAUGCCAUGAUUUUGCAACCUGUAAUAUAUGUUUUCUGCUUCAUCUGGGGAACAGGUAGGAUAGAGGACUAGUUGAACUGGUAAAUAUUUUGAGGGCAUAGAAUGCCCAAAUAAAGUAAGGAAAAGGGGGGAAACUAGAGGAGAUAAAGAAAUCAGUUAAGGAUUAGAUGCAGCCGAUUUACAUUCUGACCAGGAUUUGGAGGACUUUAAUUUUCAUUUGCAGACACAUUUAUGUGCUGUUGAGUGGUAACAUGUGCAGCAAUGUAUAUUGAGCCGCUGAGGAGUACCAUCUAUAUAUCGGACAAUUAUUAUCAUAUGCAGUGGAUAUAAUGUUUACUGCUCGCUCAUA